AUGGUUUCAAAGCUACUCUCUCUAUCAACCCUAUUGGGCCUAACCCUCGGAGCAGCCAUCCCAAACAACAACGGGUUCCCCAUGCCCAAUGAUCAACAAAAGCUCGAAAUUGCACACGAAGCCGGAGGUCUACUCCCCGGUGGUCCAGCACCCACCUCCCUUGGUGCAAACAGCAUCACUGCUUUCCAGCUCAUUGCCUUCAAUGAACUAUUUGAGACGGCGUACUUUAGCUCACUGCUCCACAACAUCACUUCUGAAGCUCCCGGAUACCACGCUCAGAACAAGGAAGAGCUUGUCAAGAUAUUUUCCACUGUUUUGGCUCAAGAGGAACAACACGCCCUCGCAGCAGUAUCUACCCUCAAGGCCGUCAACGCAUUCGCUCCAUCAGCCUGCCAAUACCAAUUCCCCGUAUCGAACCUCAAAGAUGCUGUAAAUCUCGCUGAGACCUUUACCGCAGUCGUCCUGGGUGCUCUACAGGGAGCCAACGUCAUCUUCAGCCAAGAUAGCCAGGCCGGUGCCAUCCGAACCAUCUCUUCCGUCAUCGGCCAAGAGGGUGAACAAAACGGCUUCUACCGCGUGUUCCUCGACAAGGUUCCUUCUGAAUCGCCCUUCCUUACGACUGUCCCGGCCCCCUUUGCCUGGUCUGCUCUGCAAGGAUUCGUCGUCCCCAACUCGUGCCCGUAUCCUGUUUCCAACAUCAACCUGCCCAUCUUCCCUCCCUUGGCAGUAAAUGGAGGUGCUAUUGCCUCGCUCGAGCCUCACGACCAGACACUUUCAUUCACCGCCGAUCUGUCCAGCUCAGAGGCUGCCAAGGCUUAUAUUGGCAAGGAUAAUCUGUUUCUCACAUAUACCACUGGCCAGCAACUGCCUGUGUCACUGGGCAUUACCGAUGUCAAGUGGGAAGGGAGCAAGAUCAGUUUCAAGGCUGCUUUCCCUUACUCGAAAUACGUCAUGCAGGGCUUCAGUCAUGCCGCGUUGACAACGUCCAACACUUUUGACAGCGCGGAUGCAGUUGUGCAGUCAGCGCUUGCGGCUCCGGGUCUCAUCCAGGUGAACAACCGCCUGUAA